GGAAUACUUUUGCACAUUUUAGAAGUUUAGGGGUAUAUGUGCAUCUCCACAUGUACAUAUACUUCAAGGUAUUGAACCUUUCUCCAAACCAGAAUGGUGUUUAGAAAACAUUAAUUAUUUUAUUAUAUGUUUCAUUUUCAACCUUUAAUUUGUGAGAUGAAUCCUUUGGAGACCUCUCGUGAGCCUCUUAUUCACAGUGUUGCUAGACAUGAUAAAACUAAAUAAUGUAUUUGGUUUAAAAUAUAGUGCAAUUAGGUAUGACAUACAAUAUAGAAGUUAUAGAUCAUAUUUCUAGCCAAUUAGUGGUGCCACUUUGGUGUUAUACGACUUCGCCAACUGGAUUGUGAUUAAUCACUAUUUUGUUGGUAUGAUCCAACUAUGCUAAUAUUCCUUUACAUUUAUGGAAAAUAGGUCAUGAUUGAAUUGGAGAACAUAAGUCAAACCUUGUCAAUUUAUUAGAUAUUGUAAGUACAUUUUAACAUUGUCACUUAACUUAAUAUCAUCACUAUUUUUAGCAAUGUCAUUACACAUUUUCAAAAUAGAAGUGUUUAGAUUGAUUGAUAUAUUAUAUCAACUAUUUUGACAAUGUAGACGUUGGAAUAUCAUUAUGCUGAUAUUGUCAUGAGUAAAUACGCAUGAUCUAUUCUUUUACGUACGGUAUUAAUUUAGUACAACUCCAAUAGACUUUAGAACUUCUACUCAAAUUAUGUAGUCGAGAAAUUACAUAUAUAUUAAUGGUAACUAUUCGAAUAUUUUGGCUAUUAUAUUUUACGAUCUUCUAAUCUUUUGUGUGUUUAUAUAAGGGUGUUUUUGUAAAAUCACAAAUUAUUGUUCCUGUUUUGCAUUUUUAUUUGUCAAUUUUGUCUUCUAUGGUGAGAAUUUUCUCAAAUUUAAUUGAACCAAUUAGUAUAUUGUUUUUAAAAUUUCUUGGAAUAAUGUUAAUAUUAAUAAAGAUCUAAUCUCUCAUGAAAAAAGUAUUUAACAACAUCUAAUAAAAUGAAAAGCACUAGUUUUACUCCCACAUGACAAAUUAUUUAAAGUUGUAAUGAUUGUUUUAUAUUAUAAGCAUAUUUGGAUCAUGCUGAAGUAGAUAUUCAAAAUCUGCACUUUGGAAAAAUAAAAAACAUGAUUUAAAUAUGAGGGAAUGUUAUUUUGAUACCAUAAUAAUCACGUCUUAAGAAAUUACAAACGUCACACCACAAGAUAGUUAUCUAUAAAUUAUACUAUCUAUAACUAUCUACACCUUCACCAUAUAGUUUUCUCAAUACUUUAUUUCAACCAAAUAUAUCAUAUUGCUCUCGAGAAUGUCUAACAAUAAUGAGAAUAAGAGAGUUAGUAGGGGACGCCAAAGGAUCCCUCUCACCAAAAUUGAGAAUGAGAUUAAUUGUCAACAUUUACCAAACGUCAUUCUGGCCUAUCCAAAAAAGCUAGUGAGUUGUCUACUAUGUGUGGUGUGGAUAUUGCUAUGGUGGUAUUUUCACCUGCAGAUAAGGUUUAUACUUUUGGAAGCCCAAGUGUCGAUGCAGUACUUAACAAAUACUUUGGUGUAAACGCUACACCAGGCCGGGCAGGUGUGACCGAUGAGAUAAUUCGUGCACAUUAUGAAGAUAACAUGAGAAUCAUUACACCUCAAAUAAGUGACAUGGAAUCUCUUGUUCUUGAUCUAACGAAAGAAAGUCAAGCUCAUUGUGAACUUGAAAAAGGUAGACCACUUAUUUUAAAUCUACAAUUGCAUGAGUUGGAUAAUAUAAAACAACUUGGAAGCAAUUUCUUCUCAAACUUAUGAAACAAAGGAACCUAGCCACUCCAUUGGAUAGAGGUAGCUUGUAUGGCC